GUGUGUGUCAAACUGAUGAUCAUGUCUCAAGUAAAUACAGUUUCUUGUAUAUUGGUUAUUUACUUUUUUAAUGUUUUUAUCUGCACAUGCUUCGCUGUGACUGUAACUGUUGAUAUUGGAGAGGUAGUUGAAGGCUCUGAAACGAGAAUAACGUGUUACAUCGGUUAUAGUAGUUCAAGUAGUGUACGUAAUCCUAUCGUAACCUGGAAUAAUAUCGCCAAUGGAGUAACUGAUCAAAUAGCACAAUAUCAAGGUGGAAUUGGAUUUGUACAACCUUCAUACAGAGAGAGAUUCAGUGUUGAAAGAGACACAACACUAGUGAUUGCUAACACCAGCCGAAGCGACAGCGGCACAUAUCAAUGUAGUGUGCAGUUACUUGACGAUCCCACUUCACCUGCAUCUGAUUAUGUCAUACUUACAGUUAUAUAUUUAUACAAGCCCGUAUUCAGUUCGUUUACUACACCUGUGACUGAAGGUGGCACCGUUGAGAUGUCAUGUUUUGCAGAUGCUAACCCAUCACCUACGUACACAUUUUUAAGGGAUGGUAAAGUACAACAAUCAUGGGCUUCAUCUACAUUCAGGAUUCAAUCAGUGAGUCGAGACAAUGACGGCAGUUAUCAGUGCAGGGCCAGUAACAGUGCGGGCACUGAAACAAGUAAAAGUAGAAUGCUGGAUGUACAAUAUGCUCCUGAAAUCACAUCAUUAAGCAAUAUUGAAGUUCCACGUUUAGACAGUAUUACGAUUAGAACACAGGAAUCAGUAGAAGUAACAGUUGUUACACCAACACCGACAUCCGUAGCAUGUAUUUGCCCCACAGAGAAUACAUUAACAUUCACAGAUGAACAAAAUACGACAUUGGCACAGAAAGGUGCAGAUACUGGUCUAAUUGUUGGAAUGACGUUUGUAGGUGUCUUCAUUGGAAUCCUUUUAUCUUCAUCUAUAUUUGUGGUUCACGGGAAAAUGAAGAAUUCAAAGGAAACCGUAGCAACAUCCAGCAAUGUGAAACAACCGGAGGCUUAUAUGGAGUAUGGAGAGCCAGAUACAGAGAACCACACGUAUCAAGAUAUUCAAAAAAGAGAUAACGACCCAGCUGUUUAUGUAAAUGUCAAACCAAAGAAAUAAAGAUCGUGUAUGCUAAGCCUAAAGCUCGGUUUCGAUAUAAAAAAAAAUCGGUACACGAUAGCAGGUACAAUGAAACCAAGUUCAAAACUUCUCAGAUUAACUAGACAAAAUGUUGUACUUUAAAAACAAUAAUAAAAAUAAGAUGUAUUAAAUAUGGAGUUAGUUUAAUUACAUUAUAAACACAGAAAUGUACAUAUCACCCUCCGAUUAGACACAUCUCAAUAUGUUAUUUUGAUUCAUGUGAAGUAUUUCAAACUAAUCGAGAAAAAGGAUUGCUAUACUGUAAAUGGCCAAUUAAGCCGAGGUUUAUACAAAUGAAAAAUAUUUAGGUGUUGGCACCUCAUAGUUAAACAACCGUCCUUUAUUUCAUAGGCCCUGUGCAUUAAAAAUGACUCUGUGUCGAUCAGUGGUCCUCUUUCCGACACCCCACCCCACCCCCGAUUCCACCUUUCACUUGUUGAACAGUUUACUGGUUAAAAGGGUGUUUUUUGUAUCAUAAUUACCAGACAACCUAAUUGUGAAGUAAAACUCCUGGGAGUUACACUAAAAAGAGAAUAUACACAUUGAAGUUCAGUUUACAUAGAAUCGCUCAC